AUGUCGGAGGACGUCAGAAAUGGCAAGAUACACGGCCGCAAGUACUUCGUCGCAAACCGGGGCUCCGACUCUGAAAACGACAGCGACGACGACAAUGACAAGCCUCCGAUCUUCAACUCUUACCACUAUUCGGCUCCUUAUCACUCAAAGCCUCCUCCAACCGACCCCUACGACCACCAUCCACCAGCUUUGAGAACAGAUCUGGGUUCCAGCUACGUGCAGGAUCAUAACCACAGGCCAUCCCUGUCGUCCCCGUCCAGCCUGAGUUCACAUGCGGCCGAUGAGUCCACCCCACCGCCCCCAACCCCAGGCGUUUCCCUGCCACUUGCUUCACCGCCGACCAUUCCAGCCAAACCCGUCCACCCACUUCACGAAGCCCUUCCCAUCAACGAUCGACACUAUCCCGAUGUUCACCAGACCUCUGCUCGCGGCGGGACCGUUACAAACAUGUUGACAAACCUCCGCAACUGGCGGCACGGGAGCACUCCCCGAACGCCCGUCGAAGCCAGUGCUGCCCGUAGACCGAGAACGUCGCCCUCCGUUUCGACCCCGGAUUCCGCAGUGUCCUCGAAUUCGAACCUUCCAAAUCCUGACAAGAUCCUAAUCUGUGUGACCACCGAAGCCGAUCCAGAAAGGUUGAAUAUUGUCGAUGUCAGUGGGGCAAAGGAUGCCACCUCUAUCAGAGAAUCCAUCCUUUCAAAGGUACCGUAUUCUUUCUCAGCAGUGUCUUCCUCAAUCCUUACGCGGCACCAGACAAACCUUCUCGAUGGCCUCAACCGCUAUUCCAUCUAUUUGACGGAGAUAGGGGCUUCCGUGAUUGGGGAUCCUCUAAAUGACGAGCGGUUGUUGGAUUUGGUUCAACGACAAGGUGAUUCGAGAGGCACCCUCAAAUUCUUUGUUUCGCGGUCAACGAAGGAGCAAAUACCUCCACCACCUCAACAAAUGCCCCCACCCUUCCCCUUCCCAUACGUGGAACAGCCCACUCACCCUGCAAUUCUCCCCCUUCGCCCCCGACGCCGCCCAAGGUCUCGACAAGGGAGCGUGUCGUCGGUUUCAAGCGAGCAACCGGCUGAGCUGGGGUACGAUGCGGACCUCGACAAUCCCGACGACUCUCGUAAAAGCUCAAGGCAGCAAAACCAUUCAAGUCGUUCCCAUCUCACGGGCCCCGGCAUCUCCCCACCUUCCCCGGGGCCACUCCGGCGACCUCCAAAUGGACCUUUGCCAAUAGCACCUUUGGGGCCACCUUCAGCAUCCCACAGUAAUUAUCCUCACCCUCCUUCGCCCAUAUCCCAAGGCCAUGUGUCCAAACCUCCGACACCGCCUACAUUCUUCCAUGACCGCCCUCAUCUUCCUUCAGCUUCUCGAUCGACUUACAUCGAUAAAUACGGUCAGGUAUUGCCCGCUCCCCCUCCUCCGCCUCCGUUGAGCUCCCCACGGCGAGGGGACUUCUUGGAUGAACCCAAUUCAUCACUGUCACCCCUGGCACAUAUACGUUCUGGCUCAGACGCUGGGGCCGAGCGCGAACAGCUGCUCAUUGCCUCAGAACAAGCUGAGGCCGCCAGUCAGCAGCGCCGAAGGAGAGAUGCUUCCUUAACCCGUCUCAGAGCGGAGCCAUCCAGGGACAAUCUCAGUUUGCUGUCUCGAAAUCGCAAGCCUACGCCGACGGAUCCUAAUGACUGGACUUUUAUCAACCCACCAGACACAAACAUUCCCGUCACAGAGCCACUUCGUUCUGGUGAACCCAUUUGGCCGACCAAAACGUUGGCUUCAUCUCGUGGUCACCGCUCCCAAAUGUUUGCCAGAGUACCUAAGCAGCCACCUCAGUCUCUCCCCUCAUCCAGCACAGAAUCCAGGUCAUCGUCAUCUCGGUCUGCAAGCAAACCGAUAUACUUGCCGAAAGCUGUCCACUCUAAACCUCCUGAUUCUUACCCUAAGGGAACUUCGUCUACAGUGCCGUUGAAAUCCCUUGGGAAAGGGAAAAGUAUGGACAACCUGCGGCAGUUUUCUUACAACAGUAGCAAGGCCCCGACCAUCAAGCCUCCACACCCUCAAUUGCCCUCUCGCCCUCCUGUAGUCCGUGAGCCCGUUUACUUGGCAGCGGGUUCUUUUGGGGUACCAAAGUCGUACGAACCCCCUCGUGCCAUCCGGCCUUUGCCAGUGCAAGGCUCACAUUAUCCACAAUCUCCGGAUGCCAACAGUCGAUCUGGGUUCCCGUCUUACGGCAAACCCUCGCCUUAUAUGCCCACCCCUUUGUCGACCAACCUCACGUCACCUAACCGUGAUAUGUAUGGCCGUGAUCAUCCUCCUCGCCCGCUCUCGGCAUCUGACAAUCAUACUACAUCACCCACAUAUUCUCAGCGAAGCAACCAAUCUCCGUCAUACGGGGGUACGAUGUCUCCAAGCCGCUCUUAUGGAAUCGGUGGACCUCGAACCCUGCUGCACCAUAGCGGACAUUCUGACAGGUCUUCAGACGUUCCAAGCGGACCUGAAACUUCCAAUUCCACCCCUCCACGGACGCCUAUCAGUCCAGUCAGCUGCAAGUCCAGUCCUGCUGGAAAGAUGCCUCUCGUCAUUGAACCUUCAUCGCCCGCGUCGGACAGCGGUAACGCUACGUACAUCUCGAAUGUUAGCAGUGUCGAUUCGGAGAAGACAAUCCGAGAGGACGACAAGACGCAGUUGGCAGCGUUGUUGAAUAACAUGAACGCGCUUAUGUCUAGUGAUCGCCUACCGGUGUCAGCGAGCGAGACUUCGAUGGCUGUUAACGAUUUGUCGUCCUCAGACGAAUCGGAUUAUGAAGGUAGCGGUGGUACCUGGAUCAAACCCUACCAGGACCGUCCUCCAUCAGCCCGUCCAGAACUUACCAAGCUGCGAACCGACCUCCCAUCGACACCAGACCCGGCAGACAAAGUUCGAGAGGAACGGCCAAAUCCUUCCGCAUCACAAUCGCAAGGCUACCAGAACGGCGGACCCUCGUCCCAAUACCAGCUCCCUCCACCACAGAGGUUCCCUCCGGGCAAUCAGCAACAUAGGGACCAUCGCGUUAGUGGGUUUGCUGACGGCGAUGACGACUGGGCCCCUCGACCUCCGCCCGAAGAUGUUUACGACCGUCUAGAAGAGUUCUUCCCCGAACAUGAUCUCGACAAGCUAGUCAUCGAAGCAAAUUCUGGUGGCAAUUCGCCCACGAAUCCAGAGCCGACGACUGCGAUCCCUACUCCAGUGUCUGCCAAUGCUACCGUAAUAAUGCCACAGCAUCCUCAUAGGCGACACAAGAAGAGUAUUCGCAUUGUUGCUCAAGAGCAGAAGAGGAAGAUGAAUGACCAAACGUCCCGGGUGGAUCCAGCGCCGUAUGGUCAGAACGCGAUGCUGAGGAAGAGGAAUACGAAGAUGUGGGGUAGCAAGUUGGAAGAAGUGACCACGAUGCAAGUGAGGACAUCGUCUACGAUUCCCGAAUCACCGUCCAGUGCAGGCUCGCCUCCCACAUUCAAGUGGGUACGAGGAGAGUUGAUUGGCAAAGGCACCUACGGUCGGGUGUAUCUUGCCCUCAACGCGACCACGGGAGAGAUGAUCGCAGUCAAGCAAGUGGAGCUUCCACAAACGCCGAGUGAUCGAAAUGAUUCGCGUCAGAAUACAGUUGUGCAGGCGUUGAAGUUGGAAAGUGAGACGCUGAAAGAUUUAGACCAUCCCCAUAUUGUCCAGUAUUUGGGCUUCGAGGAGACACCGGCGAACUUGAGCAUCUUUCUGGAAUAUGUGCCUGGUGGCUCUAUUGGAAGUUGCCUUCAUAAACAUGGCAAAUUCUCAGAGAACGUUACGAAGUCUUUCACUGGUCAAAUUCUGAGCGGGCUCGAGUAUUUGCAUUCUAAAGGGAUUCUUCACCGAGAUCUCAAGGCAGACAACAUACUUGUGGAAAUGACAGGAAUAUGCAAAAUAUCUGAUUUCGGUAUCUCGAAACGAACGGACGAUCUGCAUGGAGGUGCCUUUACUGCUAUGCAGGGAACCGUAUUUUGGAUGGCUCCAGAGGUAAUUAAUACGCAGAAGAAGGGCUACAAUUUCAAGAUCGAUAUCUGGAGUGUCGGUUGUGUAGUGCUGGAAAUGUGGGGUGGGCGAAGACCUUGGACUGGACAGGAGAUGGUAACGGUCAUGUUCAAGCUGUACGAGGCCAAGCUACCGCCUCCCGUUCCUGACGAUGUUGUGUUGUCUGAGUUGGGAGAUGAUUUCAGGCGGAAGUGUUUCGCUAUCUUCAUGACUGAUGGCGCUUGCAGCAAUCCCGAUGAACGACCACCCGCGGCAGAGCUUCGCCUUCACCCAUACCUCGAGCUUCCACCGGGCUGGACUUUUACUUCGUUUACCUCCGAUUAG